CGCGGCGCUGCGCUCGGGGCGCCGCUCCGUCCGCCCCCGUCGGCGGCCGCGGGGCGCGGGGCCCACGCGCGACCGCGGAAAGCAGUGCAGGCGCUCGGUUGGCGACGGUCCGAGCCGCGAGUCUCUCUGCGUCCUCCUCCCGCGCCCGGCUGGAGCCGCCUGGGGACUAUGGUGUUGGACCAGGAGGACGUUCGUAGUUCCUUGCAAUUCUGAGGCACAAAAGUAGGUGAGACUGCUUUUGUAUCUGCGAAGUGCUUCACUUCUGAAUGUAAUUCUAGCUGAGUGCAAUCUAGGUUAAGAGCCGGACAAGCGGGUAAUUAGAGCCCGCUCGCUGCCGGAGGACCGGCCUCCCAGCCGAAGCGCGCCCGGAGUCGGCGCCCUUUUCCCGGCCGAGCCGAACAGCGGCUGGACACGGAGCGCCCGAGAUGAUGGUGCUGGACAAGGAGGACGGUGUGCCGAUGCUCUCUGUCCAACCUAAAGGGAAGCAGAAGGGCUGUGCAGGCUGCAACCGCAAGAUCAAGGACAGGUACCUGCUGAAGGCGCUGGACAAGUACUGGCAUGAGGACUGCCUCAAGUGUGCCUGCUGUGACUGCCGCCUGGGCGAGGUGGGCUCCACGCUCUACACCAAGGCCAACCUCAUCCUGUGCCGGCGUGACUACCUGAGGCUUUUUGGCACCACAGGAAACUGCGCUGCCUGCAGCAAGCUGAUCCCAGCUUUCGAGAUGGUGAUGCGAGCCCGAGACAAUGUGUAUCACCUUGACUGCUUCGCCUGCCAGCUCUGCAAUCAGAGAUUUUGCGUGGGAGACAAAUUCUUUCUGAAGAACAACAUGAUCUUGUGUCAGAUGGACUAUGAGGAGGGGCAGCUCAAUGGCACCUUUGAAUCCCAGGUUCAGUAACGCCCUGCAUCUGGCCUCCAGGUCCAUCUGUCCGUCCGCCCGCCUGACCACCUGCCUGGCAGGCUGGCCAGCCACUCUGCCUGCGCGGGCUGGCCAGCCGCUGUCCUACAAGUUAGAACGUCAUCGUCAAUGGGAAGGUGGCUUUUUCUCCAUCAGCACCGCCCAUCUCUGUGGGCCCUCCUGGGGCCAGGCUUGGCCUGUACAGUCUGUCUUGUGUAUAUAAAUGGGAACAUUUAUUUUAUGAGAAAUGUAAUGCGAUUUUAUUACUGGCGUGGAUUAAACUUAUGAAUGU